CCAUGAGUUCCCCUCUGUCUUCACUUUCUAAGCUUCGGAGAGUGCCUCUGCAACCAGAUACCCAAAACACAGGGAGGCGAUCAUUGCCUUCUCGGAUGAGAGUCUUUGGUGAGGAUGAGGAUGAGUUGCCAACUGAUGGACAUGGUUCAGAAGAAAAGAACUAUGGCUGCUCCCCAGAAAAAGCCUUUCAUAAGGGAAGAACUGGGUCCCUGCCUCAUGACAUGGGCCUGAUCUCCUCUUUGGUGAAGAGGGUAACUGAACUGGAACAAAAGGUGAAGAUGCAGGAUGAAGAAAACAGCGUCAAGGUAUUGGGCCCGGACUGAGCCAGCUGUG